AUGGGCGAUCAAACUUCAAAUAUUACCACAUCAAUUUCUCCGAUUGAAUUGCCUCUAAAACGAUUUCAAAUAAUCAAAAAAUUACUCAAAGAGUAUUUAUUCAGCGACGUCACUAAAAAUCUUGAAGAGAUUUCUAAUCUUUUAGAUGAAGUUCGAGAGACUAAAAUUUGGCAACAUGCAGGGUACGAAAGUUUUUACAACUUUUGCCAAGAUGUUAUUGGCCAAGAUAUUGAAACCAUUACAAACACUUACAAAUCUGUUAAAAAGAGUGUUUACGCAGAUCAAAACGCGAAAUAUGAAAUCAGAAUAUUAAAACUUACACGUAAAAUGAGAGAAUUAGAGUUUAAUGAAGAAUUAAUUGAUAAAAUUACCCAAUAUCCAAGGGAUGCAUUACAUUUAAUCAUUAGAUUUUUAAAUAGAUUCUCGAAACAUGAAAAGCUUUCGAUAUUGGUUGAUAAUUUAGAUUAUCAAGUGAAUUUGUGGAGAAGUCUUAGAUCUAAAAGAAAAUCAAGAACAAAUACACCUAUCAAUAAGGACGAUGUAAAAGCAGCAAUUGAUAUGGUUGAACGCAUGGAAAAGGAUGAUGAUUUUAUAACCAAUGACUUAGUAGAAUUGGAAAGUCCCGGAGAAUCAAGCGAGGGAGAUGAAUGUAGCUGGUGCGAUUUGAUAGGUGGAAGUGUUUUAAAAUGUAGACAAUGCGCAAUUGGAAAGUGCGUUGAAUGUACGAUGGAAGAGAUCAGCGGGGAUCUUAACAAUUUGGCUAUCGUAGAUAAGUAUUAUUGGGGCAUGCUCAAACGACAUGCAAAAGAGUUUGCAGAAAAAAACCUUAAAAAGUGA